AUGACUCGAAAAAACCUAGUUUGUGCCAUCCACAUUUUUGUUUGUAUUCUCAUUAACGAAAUAUCCUCGGAAACGGGAACAACAACUACUCUACCUCAAGCCAUCGUGGCUAUAAUUGAAAACUCAUACGUUAGUCAUACAACGAUAUUAAAUUUUUACAUCAAUUGUGAAGAUGAUGUACGGCGAAUUCAAUUUUUCUACGAUCUCAUUGAUUUUACGGUGCGAAAACUCGAUACUAUCUCGGUUCGAAUUGGUUAUCGCGAAGAAUUGCCAACGGAUACUGAACGUCAUUAUUUGGUCGUCGCUGUUGAUUCAUUUACAUCCAUGAGCAAAUUGUUCCGAGAAAUCUUUGAUAUGCAUUUUAAUAUCGUCGGGCAUGUCCUGAUUGUUUUGCACACAUUCGAUGGCCAUUUUCAGAGUAUUCUGAUGGAAAUGUUUGACUAUUUCUGGGAUAUUGGUAUUGUCGACGUUAAUGUCCUUGUUGAACCUAUACCGGGUUUUCCUUUGAUGUUCACUUAUUUUCCAUUUACAAAGACAUCUUGUGCCGUAGUGGCACCUGUCCUUUGCAAUAGAUUCACCGAUUCAAUGUGGGAGAAUGAUGAUUUGUUUCCAUUGAAAUUGGUCAAUUUGCAUGGUUGUUCUUUGGUCUGUGCCACUUGGGAACAUCAACCUUAUUUUUCGAUUUUACAUAAUGAAAAAGACAAUCAGGUUUAUAAUGGAAUUGAGGGAAAACUUUUGGAAUUUAUUGCAUUGAAAAUGAAUUUUUCGGUUAAUUUUGUAAUGUUGAAUGAGACUCAAAUUGAAAGGACUCUCGAAGAAACUGGAAAGGUUUUUGAUGAGCUUUUUUGGGAUGGAGUGGAUUUUGUGAUUGGAGCAUUGCAUUUUAAGCCUACAUUUUAUGAAGACUACUUCCAAGCGACAAAUGGAUACUACUUAAGUGACUACAACAUUAUUCUGAGCUCAAGAAGAGGCAAAAUUUCUCCACUAGCUAAGCUUUUGUUUCCUUUUACUACCACUGUGUGGGUUUAUGUGUUAAUUUAUUUUGGAGUUGGGGCAAUUGUAGCUUUUGGUGCAACUUGGUUGACAGAACGAAUUCAGGAUUUCAUUCUUGGAUCAUUGAAUCGAGUUGCAUUGUACAAUAUGUUCUUAACGGCUCUUGGAGGUGGAGUACACAGAACUCCGAAGAGGAAUCUCGCCCGUUUUCUUCUUUGUACCUGGAUGAUUCUUUGGUUGGUCCUUCGAUCUGGAUAUCAGUCAGCUUUGUUUAAUUUUAUAAGAAUGGACAUUUCCUUGGCGCCACCUGAAAACAUUGACGAUAUUUUGAAGGAGAACUACAAAAUUUUUCUAACACCAACAGUGUACAAAGCUUUAGGCAAAUUGCCAUCGAUUCAAGCUGCUUCAGAAUUUCUGAACGGUACAGAAGUUGAAAAUUUCCCUUUACUCAAGGAAGCCACUAAUAAAAAAAUUGCUUUUCUAACUCCAUAUGAAUAUUUUGGAUAUUACAAAAAACAUCAUAUUGAAGAUAUCAGUGAAUUUUAUGUUGUCAAAGAACAUCUUUUUACUCAACAACUCAGCAUGUAUCUGAGAAGGGAUUCGUUUUUGUAUUUAUCAUUUAAUAAAUAUAUUUUAGAUUACUAUAGCAUUGGAUUGACAUUAAAAUGGGAACGAGAAUUUAUUGCAACGAAUAAGAGAGAUGAAAAAAUUAAAACACCACCGUUUAAAGUUAUGACACUUUGGGAAGUCUAUGGAGCAGUUGAUAUAUUUUGUUGUGGAGUUUCGUUAGGAAUGCUUGUUUUUGUGGGCGAAAUAAUUGUGUUUAAGUUGAUGAAAAAGUAUAGAAAGUUUUUUAAAAGAAUUAAGAGAAGAUUUUUGAGGAAAAGACGUUUGUAA